AUGCCCACCAUCCUCACUCUCUUCUUGUCAAUCAUCUACUCCACGACAGGCAGAUCAACAAUCGUCUACGUCACAUUUGUCCGCUACUGCUCCACCACCACCAUCGAUUGCUCCUCCACAAAGUCAGCAAUCGUCGUCAACAUUGCACACGUCUGCUGCUCCACCACCAACAUUGAUUGCUCCUCCACCAGUUCAGCAAUCGUCGUCAACAUCGCAUACGUCUGUUGCUGCUCCACUACCACCACCAUCGACUGUAACACACAGGUCUGA